AAUCACGCGACGACUUGUUGCUUUUGGUCAGUUUAAGACAGUGAUCGAGUAAAAUUCCGAAUCAGCGGUUUUCAAAAUCGCAUAUUUCAAAUCGCGUUGUUUCAGCUUUCGCAUGAAAUUUACACUUGGCUCUGCAAGCCUUAGAUAAAAGUGAAAAGACAGUCAGACAGCAGUUGUGAUGAUCGAAAGGUGAUUAACGGAAACGCGAGAUACCGCGUCGGAAUUACGACCGAGUUCAUCGACCGGUACUUGUUGUUAAUUCGAUGUAAAAUAAAAGGUGUGAAGAGUUUACAGUCAGAAGUAAAAGUGAAGUGGAAGGUGAUUCGAUUAGUGAUCAUUGAAAUGCCGCGAUAUGGUCAAACUCUGAACGAGACAUGGCGUCUUUACUUUUAUCCGCACUUCACCACUCUCCAGCGGCACACAGGAACCAUUAUCGGAAGUGCGCCACCACCUGGCUAGGUAGCCUCUUGGUGACGUUACUUGUCGCGUCGAUACACGGCGCUCCGACGAUGACGACGGACAGACGUAUUCUCCAAGGGAAAUGGGUUAACCCCUGUGGACUUGCGCUCACCGACGGUGAUCCCGACGGCGACGUCCCCCAGCUCAACGACUCCCAGCUGCUAUCACAGGUCGUCAUUCAAGCAAAGACGGCCCUCAUGCACGCCGAGAUAUUCAGAGACGAUUAUAUCAACAAAACCUUCCGGAGCAACUUCGCAAAGGUCCACAACGACUGGAAAGCGAAUCACUACGACUGGCUGCCAAACAAGCAGGACAUACCUAAGGAACUUAACGAAUCCCUGGCCAAGGAGUACCUCGAUAAAUUGGAGCUCGACAAGGCGCUGCUCGACGCGUACGAAUUUAUGCAGACAUACGCAGUUGGAUUGGAGCAGAUCGUCUGGGACCAGAAGGACAAUAACUCGGAAUUUCAAAAGCUGUUUGCCGACACCGAGUACAAGCUUCGCACGGUGCUGUGCGAGUUGCAAGCGGCGCUCGUAGAACGCGGAGUCAAGCCGCGGCCAGACGUCACCCGUGACGUUAUGGUGCCGGAGAUCCGGAGAAGCAUGAACGAAGCCAUGACGUCCCUUCGGGAUUGGAUCAUAUUCCGGGACUACAUGAACGGACUCGAGUACAUAAUCGAGGUGUUCGAGCACCUCGGUGACCGCCUUCGAUCCUGAGGGUGGCGAUCAGGCGGAAGUCAACGCAGGCCGACUCGGUGGCGUUUUGCUCACUUCAGGCGGACCGCGAAACUAAAGUUUCUACCCUACCAGGAAACCCUCCUCGCCUGAAGGAACAUCGGUAGGGCGUUUUCUGCCGACAUUAAUUCAUCGUUAGAUUUUAAAUGCAUACAUAUAUUUAUAUACACUUACAUAUAUACACCGAACUAUCACUAUCAAUCCGCAUCGCGAAGACGCUUUCAGUGUACCACAGAAAGAGAAAAACCGCAUCGGUCGAUUUUUAUGUAAUAUUAUCAUCGCUUUCUUUUAAUUUUUUUUUUUUUUUUUUCGUUUUAUUUUAUAAUCUGUACACUUUUACUACAAACCGUUGGCAGAAACUUAACUAAUUAAACCGACAAGCAUUAUCAAACAUAAAUGCAGAGCAAAACAUACACAGCUUCAAAAUUAUAAUGACGAAUUUGAUUUUGAUGUUUUUUUUUAUUUUUUUAUUUUUUCUAAUCUAAUCUUCUUAUUUUCGAAUAGAAAAACAAAGUACGUCACGACACGCGCAUUGUAAGCUUCCGCCCCUGGAAAUUAACACGCGAUUCAUAUCACCCUGUGUAAUAUUAUACCUAUACAACACACACCAAUACAUUUUAUUCGUAAACUAUAGUUAUGUGUAAUAUACGUAUUUCGUACACGAAGAUUAUCGUUUCCCGCGGUAGGGAAGAAAACGAAAGGAAGAAAGAAAGAAAGAAAAACAUCAGAAACUAUAAAUUAAAGUUAAAAAAAAUUCACCUCAAACAUUAUACAACUUUCGUCAUUCGUAUAUAUAUAUAUACAUCGCGUAUCGUUGGAUAAUUGUAGGAAGAAACAAAAAAAAAUUUAUACAUGUACAUGAGACCGUACGUAUGUAGUUCGUACUACGGUUUGCAUAGAGACGACACGGAUGUGAGGAGGAUUUGAAUUCCUAACCACCGCCACCAAACCCUAUAUACUAAUUAUUAUGCCAUAUCGAUUGAAGUAGCUAUGGUUUCCCCCCCUCCUUUUUAUUAAUCAAAAUGUCUCAUUUUAUGCAGGUGGACAUGGUAUAAUUAGAGUAGUUACGGAGCAUAUUUGUUUGUUAUCAUUUUAUCGAAAUGAUCCCCUCUCUCGAGAGGGGAUGAUUUUUUUUUUUUUUUUUACCGUGGAGGGCGAAACCGAAAUCAAUCAAUCUCGGAGGAAUUCGCUUACCUCAAUACUAUCCUAGAUUCAUUCUUCUUAAAAAAGCAUGCUGCUAUAUGCUUAUUUUAAAUUAGGUACCCAGCAUCGCGACGUGCUCAGGGAUGCACUUAAAGCCAGAUAAUCUUAAAAAAAUGAAGAAAGCAAGAAAAAAGAAAUGCAAAAAAAAAAAAAACGAAAGAAAAACUGCACAGUACUUCGAUGCCCGUAAUUUUGUUUUUUACUCUUCCUUUCGUUUCUUUUGUUUCUUUGUACACUGUCGAUUUUUCCCCUCGUAAUCAACGCCUAGGAGUGUGCGAAUAUUAGGAGUGAAACCGCAAAAGAGACAAGGGAAACAGGAAAGAACAAAAAAGAACAUAGAAAAUGAAUGGGGCUGGUUUUAAAAAUUUGUAAAAAGAUUAGAAAAAAAAAUCAAGAGUGUAGAAAUAUCGCUUUUCGGCAGCUGGCUACAAGAAAGAGGGGGGAAAAAAAAAUCGAAAGACGUGAAAAUCUCUUGAUUUUAUUCUUAACGAAUAUUUAUUAAUUAACUGUAAUAUUAUAUUGUAUUUAUUC